UGGGCGCGGAGCGGGCGGCGGGGGAAGAUGGAAGGAGCGUCCUUCGGAGCGGGCCGGGCGGGGGGGGCCAUCGACCCCGUGGAUUUCCUCAAGCAGCCGCAGACCCUCAUCCGAGUGACCACCUGGAUCUUCUCCAUCGUGGUGUUCGGCUCCAUCAUCAACGAGUGCUAUGUGAACAAGGACAGCCAGCACCCCGAGCUGCUCUGCAUCUUCAACGAGAAUGAGAGCGCCUGCAGCUACGGCAUYGCCGUGGGCGUCAUCGCCUUCUUCGGCUGCAUCUUCUUCUUCGUGGUGGACCUGUACUUCCAGCAGAUCAGCAGCGUCAAGGACCGCAAACGGGCCGUGCUGCUGGACCUCGGCUUUUCAGGUUUCCUGGCCUUCCUGUGGUUUGUAGCCUUCUGCUUCCUGGCAAACCAGUGGCAGAGGACGACGCUGACCAGGGGCUUCUCGCAGGGCGCCGACGCYGCCCGGGCAGCCAUCACCUUCUCCUUCUUCUCCAUCAUCAUCUGGGUGGUGCUGGCGCUGCGGGCGCUGCAGCGGUACCGCCUGGGCACGGACAUGUCCCUGUUCGCCACCGAGCAGUUCGGCACCGACCCCAGCGCCUCCUACCCCGGCUACCCCGGCGGCAGCAGCGGCGUGGAGAGCACGGAGACCUACCAGAGCCCGCCCUUCACCGAGACCUUAGAGCCCAACCCCAAAGGUUACCAAGUGCCAGCGUACUGAGGGGCCCGGGGCGCUGCCAGCCCCGCCUGUCCCCAAAUGUGUCCGCUCCCGUUUCCUUGCCGCGGCGGGUCGGCGCCGGGCCCCUUUAUUAGCUCGUUGUGCAGUGAAUUCUGUACAGUGGUAUUGGUUCUUGUCUUACCUGUCCCAGGGUUUCUAAAAGCAGUGUUCCCUCUAAGCCAGAAGGAAGGAAGGAAGGUUGGUCCCACCUCACCCACGAGUGGGGAACGGGAGGAUGUGCCCCCUCUGAGCCUCGGUGGGCGCUGGCUCUGCUGGGGAAGCCCAGGACGCCUUUUCCUUUUGGGAAACAGCAGCUGAGGAGUUAYUAUCUCGUUCUUCCAGAGCUAACACAGAAUCCAUCGAGGGUGGGUGGGCGGUGGGGUGAGCUGGCCCCGUUUGGGUUCCAGGGAAAGUGCCAAAUUCACGGAGAAAUCAGCGGURUCUGUGUUACUUUUCUUUGUAUAUAUUCACUGUACAAAACAAAUAUCCAAACAGGUGUUUCACAGCUUGGUUUAGAGGCACAGUGCAGGCACAGCAGGACGGGGUUGGGAUCAGUGUCCAGAUUGCUUCUACACUUCAAUGGGUUCUGGUUGAGGAUGUAAAAAUUACUGUUUGGAAGUGGCAGCCAGUUCAGCAGGAGCUGGUGGCUAAUUGGGAAUGGCCUGUGGGAAUGUGGUGCUUUGUGGUUCCGUUCCUUCACGGGGGAUUGGGAAGUUUGUCAAUUCAUCAGGAAUUUCUGCUUGGCAGCACUGACAUGUCCUCAGUGUGGAGAGCUGAGGAUCAAGGUGAGGGGCUCAGACUCRAUGUCCAGGGCCAUCAGGAGCAAUACUGGACUUUUGUUUUUAUUCUGGGAGCAGCCACUCUCUGUCAGCUGCAGCAGAGCCCCAGGUGGGGACACRUGUGUCACCCUGCAGUCCUCAGAAAUGAGGGAUUCAGGCAGGGAGCUGGAGAGGCUUCACAAGCCAAUAAAGUCCAUCCCGUGUGGGCUCACGGCCCCCUGUUUGGAAAUGGUGUGGGAAGAGAAUCAGUGGAAAGGAUCCAAGAAAGAGGCUCAGCUUUGGGGGUUCAGCWGCAAAAUUCCUGCCUUGUGAAAGAACAGAAUGUGUAAAAUCCAGCAGGUCUUUGUCAGCCACCUGCCCGGGUGGUGGCUGGUCCAGGCUGUGUCACCACGGGCUGAGCAGAGGAGCUGGAGCUCCAAUUCCCAGCCCUGCUGGUGGCAGCUCCAUCCCUGGAGACUCCUCCCGGCCAUCCGGGGUCCUGCCUUGCCUCCGCUGCCUUCCGACCUCGUGAGGAGCAAUAGCCACCCCCUGUCCCCUCCCUGUCACAGCUCCUGGGCGCCGUGGCCACAGCUCAUUCCUGCUGCUGAGUCGCAGAUCGAUGCGCUCAUUAACGAGCAGCAGAUCAAUGCACUAAUUAAGCAGCCAAUCAUCCSAAGAGGUCACUGCCAGUGGUGAAGUGCAUUCCUUGCCUUGGCGCCAGGUCCUGGCUGUGCCCAGCUCCUCGCAGGUGCCUGACCACGGACAGCCCAACCCGGUGCAGUGUCAGCCCCAGUGAAUUCCAGGAUCUUUGUGGUUUUGUGGAGUCAGUCUUGYUGGGAAAGGAAAAACCCCGAGGAUUUUAAUACAGGGUACGAUAGAACUGUAGCAAUAUWUUCCUUAGAGGGAACACUGAAACUUUAGCAGCACAAACAGUACUUGUGUUAAUAUUUUAGCAAAAUUAUAAUCAAUUUAAAUGUUUAAAUUGAUUGUACGUGAGAUAAUGUUCGUUGGGUACAGUGUAUUUUUUCUAACUAUGAUAUAACUGUUCCAGAGUUUCCGUGUAACCGUAAAGAGCUAAAGCUGUGUCUGCCUGCGGGACGUGUCCUGCCCCGUGUGCCCCCCGUGCUGAAUAUUACACGCUCUGAAUGUCCCCCCAAGGCCUGCAUUGCCUUUCUUUGCCCCCACACGCACAUCCCACCGCGCUCCGUGCCACCACUGAGCUCUGCAGCGGCAGCAGGGACACGGGCACGACGCCGGCACAGCUCCUGGUGCUUCCUGAGGCUGGCGGCUGGGUCAGCUUCCCAAAAUCCUGUGUUUCCUUUUCCUUGUGGAAACACCCGGCUGCUCUGCUGUGCAGGAGGAGGAGAGGAAGGGUUGGGUGCCCGAGGGGCUUUCCAGCAGUGGGAAGGCAGGAGAGAUGCUCGAUUUAGCUGGAGCUGGGAAUCACAUCCAGCCUCAUCCCUCAACAGGCGCCUCGAGGGAGGAGAGCCCUGAUCCUCUGCACCCAAAGUGYCGGUGCCAGGCAGCGAGGGGUGGCACCCGACUGGGUGGCACUGGGGCAGGCAGCUCGGGCAGGCAGCAAUCCCACAGCUGGUGCACUUUUCCAGGGAAUAGCACUGGGUCUGUGUCAGAUGUGGCCGUGCUGAGGCCGUGUCAGCCAGGAUGGGACAACCCCAAACUCGCGAGCCUUGGCGAGAGCAUUUGCCCACCUCACCUGGCUCAAACAGCCCCAGUUUUGGGUUUGUUGGUGCAGCUCCCCAGCCCCACAGAGCCCUGGCCCUGCUGAGUUUAACCCUGCUCAGAGGGAGGGGRACACCCAUCCCUGGAAUCCUGCCCAGAACCGUCCCUGAGCCCCCGCAGUGUCCCCACAGCUGCUGGGUGUCACCGGUGCCCUGCGCUGGCUCUGGCAGCACCUCGGUGUGGGCAUCAGGCYGAGCAGGGUGUGCAGGUGGGGCUGGCACCAAACACACCCCAAGGGGGCUGUGGUGGAGAUCCAGAGCCAUGGGUGCACUCCCUG